UCCACCUCCUUCAGCAUGGCGCGCUUGUGUUAUAUUGUGGCGAUGAUUAUGUUAUCGUUGGCGUCUGCGUCAGCUUGCAACAGUCCCUUCAUCCCCAUCAUUGGCAGCUGCUUCUACUUCCACGAGACUUUAAUGUCAUGGGACGACGCCAGGGACUACUGCUUGAGCCUGAGUACUGACGAGUACUACUCCGACCUGGCGGUUGUCCACUCCUGUGACCAGCUGGGCGCUAUACGACAGCAUAUUAUCCUAGAGUAUGGAAAUGUCUGGCACUGGGUUGGUGGUUAUGACAAAGGAGAAGAAGGCAGUUGGCACUGGGUCGAUGGCACCACUGUACAGAGAGGCUGUCCCUUCUGGUAUCCUGGGCGCCCUCUAACUGAUGAUACGCGAAACUGCUUGGUUAUGGAAAUGUAUACCGGAUCCUUUUUUGAUCAUCCAUGUGAAAGUAAAGGACUCGUCAUCUGUGAAGAGACGGUACUACCUCUGGCUUCCCUCGACCUCAAUUGAGAAACGUGAAUCAUUUGAACUUUUGUUUAUGUAACGUACACAAUAAAAUUGAGAGCAACA